AUGGGGCGAACAUCACCCCCUGCCUCAAGUGAAAACAUGGUAUUUACCUCAUCCUUCUCGUUCGUAACUGCGCUGACACCUCAAUUAAGCGUUGGUUCAAAAAAUGAAAACUCCGAUGAUGUUCGACUUUCCCAUCGAGAUCGAUUUCUAAGUGAAUCAGAGCGUCUUGUGGCCAUGAAUCCUCGUCGAACUCGUGAAUCAUUUGCUACGUUGGAUCCACGCGUAUGGCAUGAAAAGCCAAUUAAUGCAAUACUUGAUGAAUUUAAAGUGGAUCCAACACUUGGAUUAGAUUCAAAGACUGCGAGUGAACGACUAAUGCAAUAUGGUCCAAAUUCACUUGAGCGUGACAAGCGAAUACCGUUGUACCUCAUAUUUCUAUUACAGUUUGCAAAUGUAAUUAUUGUUUUACUUAUGGCUGCAAGUGUUGCAUCAAUUAUUUUAAAAGAAUAUGUGGAAGGUAUUGCAAUUAUUGUAAUUGUAACAUUAAAUGCAAUUAUUGCGACUUUUCAAGAACAUAAUGCAAGCAAUGCUUUGAGUGCACUACAGAAAAUGGCUACACCACAGUGUGUUGUCGUACGUGAUGGUGGACGACAAGUUUUAGUCCCAAGUGAAGAGCUUGUAUGUGGUGAUCUCGUGAUUUUAACUACUGGAGAUAUUGUUCCUGCAGAUUUACGUCUGAUUCAUAGUUCAGAUUUUAAAGUCAAUGAAAUGAUUUUAACGGGGGAAUCUGAUGAUGUACUGAAAAAGUUUGAUGCUGAAGUACAUGAAAGUGAUAAAUUAACUGCAGACAACAUGGUAUUUGCCUCAACAUCAGUAGCCACAGGUCAUGCUACGGGAGUUGUAGUUGAAACUGGUAUGCAAACUCGUGUUGGAUCUAUCGCGGCGUUACUACAAGAGGGUACGACUAAUACUCAAAACUCAAAUUGCUGGCAUCGUAUGAUGGACAAAUGUUCUCCAAAAAUGACCCCAUUGCAACUUAGUUUACAUCAAUUGGGUGUUCUUAUGGGUACAGUUGUGCUUGGUAUUUGUGUGAUUGUCUUUGUUGUCGGAAUGUUGCGUGGAAAUGCUAAUCCAAAAGACCCUGAUCGAUCUGUGACGUUGUAUAUUGUCAUGAUUGCUGUCUCGCUUGCUGUAAGUGCUGUACCGGAAGGUCUUCCGAUGGUUGUGACCAUUUGUUUAUCUACUGGAACUGCAGAGAUGGUGAAAAAAAAUGUGCUUGUACGAAAAUUAGCAGCUGUCGAGUCAUUGGGUGCAAGUUCGGUGAUUUGUACGGACAAAACGGGUACGCUUACAGAAGGCAAGAUGACAGCAGUGAAGAUGUGGAGUGACUCAGUCAUGUACGACAUUACAGGAAUUGGAUUUACACCAAAUGGAGAUAUUCUCCAUAAUGGAGUAAGUCAAAUUAAGCCUCCAAAUGUUUCUAUUCCUGUGCGUACAACAUUAUUGUCAGCAGUGUUGUGCAGUAACACAAGUUUACAGAAAGAAGAGAAUGAUUCCGGUGCGUCUGAAUGGGUUCCCAUGGGCAAUUCGUCGGAAGCACCACUUAUUGUUGCAGCGGCUAAAGCAGGAAUCUGGCGGGAAGAUGUCAUGAGAAAAUAUCCAAGACAGACGGAAGUACCAUUUUCAUCUACUCGAAAAAUGAUGAUUACAGUGAAUGAGCUACCAAUGAAUGAAACACGGUUUGAUAUGCUCGAAUUUCCUGCCAAUACGACAAUGAUCGCGAAUGUCAAAGGUGCUCCAAAUUAUCUUGUCAAAAACUGUACACAAUUUGUGCGUACAGAUGGCGUACUCACAGCAAUGAAUGAAUCCGAUCGAACGAAGAUCUUGGAAGCCGUGGAUACAUUAUCGUCUCAAGCCCUACGUGUUCUCGCUGUUGCCGUGCGUCCACUACAAAAAAUGCCAUUUUCAAAUGAUGAAGAAGAUAUUGAAGUCAAAUUUUCGCGCUUGUCUUCUCCUUUAAUUUUUGUCGGACUUGUUGCGUCUAUGGAUCCUCCGAGAUAUGGUGUCAAGACAGCCAUUCAAAAAGCGCGUCAAGCUUCAAUCAGAACGGUUAUGAUCACUGGUGACUAUCUUAAGACUGCAGUGGCCAUUGCUCGAGAAAUUGAUCUAUUGCCUGCUAAUUCAACUGCUGAUGCCCAAGCUGUAGAUUGCAGCGUUUUGCGUUCAAGUCAAAAUGUAUACUUACCUGAUGUUAAAUUGGACGAAGUGACUAGUCAAGUGUCUGUAUUUGCACGUGCUAAGCCAGAAGACAAGAUUGAAAUUGUUAAGUCAUUACAACGUCAAGGCCAUGUUGCAGCCAUGACGGGCGAUGGAGUUAAUGAUGCACCGGCACUUAAAGAAGCAGAUAUUGGUGUAGCCAUGGGCAUUUCUGGAACUGCUGUUGCCAAAGGUGCAUCAGACAUGAUUUUAAUGGAUGACAAUUUCUGUAGCAUUGUUUCUGCUGUUGAAAAAGGACGUGAGAUCUAUGGGAAUAUUCAACGUUUUGUGUGUUUCUUGCUGUCGACAAAUUUUGGUGAGAUUGCUGUGAUUUUCACUACAAUAGCUGUUGGAAUGCCCAAUCCUCUUGAGCCAAUGCAAAUUUUAGUACUUAACCUCUUUGCCGACGGCAUGGCGGCUGUAGCACUUAGUCUUGAAAAAGGAGAUGGAUCAGUGAUGAAAGAACGUCCGCGACCGCGUUCGGAACGUAUUGUUUAUGGUCGAUUGUGGGUCAUUGUGCUUUUGAACGCUUUUUUGAUCGCUUUUGGUGCCCUUAUCGUAUUUACAUGUGGUUUAUAUUGGAACUUUCAAGAUGUCUUUCUUGAUGAUAUUAUUGAUGAAAUUGAUGCGAAUAAGGGCGAAACAGCUUACAGAAAUGCAGUAUGUAUGCGCUGGAAAGGACUUGGACAUGGGUGGCAAAAGUACAGCAAUUGUGGAGCACGAGCACGUAAUGGAACGUAUUUGUUCGCUGAAAAUAUUCGGUUUCAAGAAUAUUACGAAACUGAUACGUUUCUUUGCUACAAUGAAGACUUUGAAUGCAUAUCAGUGGGUACGUCUCGAUCACAAACAAUGGCGUUUAUUUACAUUACGACAAUGGAAAUGUUACGUGCGUAUACUGCACGGAGUUUUACUAAGUCUGUGUUUGAAGACACGUAUAGUAAUAAAUGGAUGCAAGUUGCUGCUGCUGGAUCAUUGAUCUUGACAUUAUCCGUCACAAAUAUUCCUGUGAUUAAUGAUACAAUCUUUGGGUUUUCACACAUUGAAUGGUACGAGUGGAUGCUUUCUAUGGUCUUUGCACUUGUAAUGGUGAUAUUUGGAGAAAUGCUGAAGUGGGUUUAUCGCGUUCGUGAUCGGCAUAGACGACAUGAUGCUAUGGAAGAAGCAUUAGUGCAAGAGAUCCAAACGUUGCAGACCCGUGUUGAGCAUCUUGAAAGCAGAUUAGAAUUGUAA